AUGACAGGCCCCGCUUGUAAGACCUGCCGAGAGAAGUGUCGGAAAUGUGAUCGUGGUCGUCCCAGCUGCCAGCGGUGUAUCUCCAAGGGUCUCGUAUGCCGCGGCUACCCAGAUCAGUUCCGGUUUUGUGGGAUAGCAAGUCGUGGAAAAUGGAAGGAUGCUCGCAUUCCAGCACUGGACGAGGAAAUUAGCCCACAAAGGCAGGAGACCUUGAUAAAAAACCAGAUAAAACAGUCUACAAGCGGGUCAUCUACACCCCCAGAACCGCGGAGGUCCAGGCGUCUGGCGAUCGACUCGAUGCUGGUGAAGCAUGCGGACGAGGUCGACGAUAUUACCGGUCUUCUAAGCUUGACACAGACCAAGACGCUUCUACAACAUUCGAAGAAGCAGAUUGGCCUGUUGUAUGCGCUUCUGGGAUUUUCCGCAGUUCACCUCGGAAAGUUGACAGGAAACAGAGACAUGCAUGAGACUACGGCUGUCGAGUACAGGUUAAAGGCGAUCCGGGCCCUGGGGGAGUUGAUCUACAAAAGUCAGACCACGUCCCUAUCGAAGGAGGAGCAGGACACUGUUUUCGCUACGAUCCAGAUCUUGCUACUGCAUGAUAUUGCGGAAACUGGAAUCUCAGAGCACGGUGUUCAUAUUACCGGUGCGAUGUCUGUUUGUAAGACCAUAUUGCUAGCAGACGGGUUUAAUGGCCAACGACAGAGAGCAGUGUUCUUCAUAGGAAACUUGGCAUGGUUGGAUAUAAUUCGAGCUUUUGCCGGGACACGGCGGCUUUGCUUCACGCAAGAGAUCCGUGAGAUGGUUGCUAGCGCUGGGGGACACAGAUUCGAGCUGGUCAAUGGUUGCCCGCGAGAGAUAUUUCUCAUCAUUGGACGAGCACUGGAAAAAGCAAAGCAGUACAAAAACGACUGGACGACCGACGAAGACUUCCGCUCUACGCUCCUCGGUGCAAACCAAGAACUAUACUCAUGGGAUCCGAGAAGCAAGACAUACCCAAGCUCAGAUGCUCGCUGGGUAAACGUGGGCAUCGCGUUCCAGUUUGCUUGUAUACUGCACGUCCACCGGCUGCUAGAUCCACUGCGGCCGGCAAACAGUCCUGAGAUACAAGAAGCCGUGCUGAAGAUUCUGGACGCAACGGCGGAUGUCCCUGCGGACUGCACCUUGAUUGAGCUGCUGAUCUUCCCGCUUUUCAUGGCAGGGGCUGAUUCUCUCUCCCGACAUUCGCAGUACUAUGUUUUGGCGAGGCUCCGCGAGAUCGAGCGGCGGUCCGAGAUUCGUAAUCCAGUUCCGGCUGAUUUACUGGGGAAAGUCUGGGCUGCUCGAUCUGCAAAGGAUGGGAACGAGAACAUUUCCUGGCGGGAUUUUACAUGCUUUCCCGAACUGACGCGACAGCAUGAUUACCUCAUAAUAUGA